AUGCAGAGGAGUCUGUCAUCUUCCGCGUUUGCCGUCGCCUCUACAACCCCCGGCAUAGGUGGAACAAGAGCAUCCCUCACACCCCCAGCGUUGAAGAAGGACCAUGAAGAGCCCCAGGGCAAAAAGAGAGCCAUAACGUCCCUAGGCGUCACCGUAGGAACACCAGAUUCAAUUCAACAGGAAGCGAGCAGAAGAUGCUGGGCGAAGAGAACGAACCAAGACUCCAAAGCUUCCACGUCAGUAUUAUACGAAGGGGCAGAAGAUGCUCUUGCUGCGAGAGAGCUUGUACAGACAAGAGCGACUCUUUUACUUCAGAAGCACCACGGAAACAACAGCGAUUCUUUGCAACAGUUGCUUUCUCUCGAGGGAGAGGUGCGCGGGCAGAUGGCGCUGCUGGGGUCUGAAACUCAUCGGGAAGAGCCACACUCACGAACCGCUUAUGGAGACCCCCCAAAUGCUGCGGAAAAGCGCAGUGCAAGCCCACCCAUACCGGAGGAGACACCUGAUUUUCACACGCACAAAAGACUGCCCCCCUCACCACCACACCGCUUAAUUGCUCAUUCCGAUCUCCGUUGCUGCUGUAACAGUGCGCACAUCAGUAAGCGCACGCCACAUCAAACGAAUGCUCCCGUGUCUGUCAGCGAUAGCGCAACCAGGGAGCUGCAGCCAGCUUUUGGGGAGCAACAUUGGCUCAGUCUUGCUCGUCAAGUUUCGCUCAUACAAGAAGUGCUGCUGCGGAAUCAGCAGCAGCAUCAGAAGCUGCAGCGCAAGAAACGCAGUGAUAGACAGGGUGGAUCAUCCAGAAAGUUCAUGCAAACAGGUGACUUCAUGGAGGUAAAUGCAAGUGAUAGCAGUGCCCACUCCAACCCACUCGACCAAGCAGCGGGAAGGUCGUUUUCACCUCCAACAGUAGCAAAGGAAUGUGCUUUACAACGGGGAGAGGGCAAAAACGACACUGCUCCUAGUACUUGCAUACAAGAAAAAGAUAAGGUGCAGCCGGGACGACGCUCAGUAGCGGAGGAGAGACUCAGGAGGCACCGACUGCGAUUACAGCAGCAAAAGGAGCAAAAGGACAAAGGAGAAAAUGACGCUCUAAGGCAACGCUCCAGCAGGCGAUGGCGUAAUGAUGGGCUCGUUGACACCAACAACUUCAUCCCCGUGCCUGAUGUACAGCCGCGUGAAUGUGACAGCAUUGCAAAUGCUGCGAACAGCCAGUGCAACCCUGGAUGCAGCAAUAGUAGCUGCGGGGCAGAUACCGUCCAUAAAGUUCGAAGUUUCUCCGGAACACAGCCGACACCAGCCACCCCAGCAACUCGGGAAGGUCUCAGUGAAACCCAACCUUUAGAGGCACCAACUGCACUACCUACGAAUACAAGCCAGCUAACCCACGGGCUUCCGCCUAUGGCGAAACUAGCACUUUUGGCGCGUCCUGCCGGAGCCGAAAGAUCGCGAGCUCCGUCAGGGCAACUGCGACCGUAUCCACCUACAGGGACCCCUCGGCUUCCAGUUUUCCCUGCUGCAGAAGCUGCUGCCCCUUGCCAGACAGCCUCGAAGGCAGAGCUCUCAGACGACAAAUCCAAGACCACAUGCACGCAACAGAUGCUCACUCAAGCUGACUCCGAUAGUACCACACAAGCGCAACGUAGCUCCACAAAACAAAGCAAUCCAGGGGCCAGUCGCCAGCUUGCAUCUGUUGGAGCCCUGCCGCCUCCUGGAGAAGUGGCUGAUCUUCUUUUAGGCAUGAAAUAA